GUGUCCUCCUACAUGCACCACCUAACACGAUCCAAUGGGUGGACAUGGAAAGAGCACAAUUCCGUAAUCAAGGCCUACUCGAAUAUCUCUGGACACCCAAACACCUGAGAUCGAAACGACAGGAUCUAUUCCCAACCACCCAGCUCACGAUGGCAGUGUGGGAUGAAUUUAUGGGAGCCACUGGAUACAACAACUCCUUCCACCCUAAAUCGCCCAUUUCAACCCUUAGAGCAACGGUACCAGACAUACCACUCCUAGACUGGCACAAGGCAGGGAUCAAACACAUAUCCCAACUGAUGACUGAAGGGAAAGUAACACCCUUCCCAACACUACAGGCACAGUGGCAACUCCCCAGCCGAGCCAUCUUUUCCUACCUACAGAGUAAAAGCGUACUAGAAGCAUACACGACAACCGCACACAACUCAAAAGGCUCACCACAGGUCACCUCACAGUUGCUCAUUGACAGAUGCUGGUCCUCACCUAACAAACCUAAAACACUCACACUGUGUUACAAAACAUGGCAAGAACUCACGCCAACAAAACCACAUCCACACAAAGCCCAAAGGGAAAAGGACUGUGACAUAACCCUAUCAGACACGGAGUGGCUACAUGUACUGAACGGGUUGUCCAAACGGACAAAGUGCUUCUCCCAUGUAGAAGCCCACAGGAAACUCAUGCACCGGUGGUACAUGACCCCACAAAGACUUCACCAGCUAUUUCCCACGAUAAGCCCGCUGUGCUGGAGAUGCAAAUCUGACCCAG